AUGUCGAGCAGGGCGCUUCGCAAAUUACAGCGUGAACAAGAAGAAAGGAGAAAUGCACAGCUUCUUGAUGAACAAGAAGAGGAUUCAGCAUCAGAAUAUGCUGAAAAUCCUACGGCUAAGCCGUUAAAUGCCUUCGACAUGUUGAUCACCAGCGAAGAGGAGGAAGAGGAUCAUGAUGCCGGAGGAGUCGACUUAGACUCUCAAGGCGUUGAGAACCCAACAAGUGAGAUAUUAAAACAGCAAGAUGAGCAUACUUCAAAGUCGAAGGGUCAGAAAAAGAAAAGGAAGGGCAAAAAGAAAGUGAAAACCGCAGAGCAGGAUAAAGUGAAGUCAGAGAAAGGUCGUGUCGAUGGUCAAGAGUCAGAACUUGACGAAAUUGAUAAAGCCUUGCAGUCCCUCUCCACGCAAGGCGCAGCAGACGCGACCACAUCUGUAAACGCCUUGAUCGACGAAAGUAAUGCACAUUUAUGCCGUUUGCUUGCCGUAGAAGCCAAGCAUCUAAAUGCACUUAAUGAGAUGAAAAGACUCUUUGGUAAUGUCGUCUUGGAAAAUGAUACUGAAGCGACUCCUGGUCAGAGAAGACGCGGUAGAGGUCCGCAGACCGUUGAUCUGGGUGGGGCUUUGGCCGCAAGGAACAGUCCUGUAUCCAGAGGCCAGGGUUUGAAGGGCUUAGCGCUCAAGAGGAACCCUCUGAUGAUGGGUAAAGAAGAGUGGCCUCAAGCUACAAGUGGAGGACUGGGUAUGGAACUAGUUGAGAAGCUGGAAGACGGAACCGUCGAAUAUGCGUUUGUUCAUAGCAACAUCUAUCAAGGAACUCAGCGAGAAUUUGAAGCCUGUGUUGCAUCAAUGGAUCCUCAACGCUUGAUUAACAUGCUGAUGUUUCACCCGUAUCAUGUGUCGACGCUCCUUCAGGUCUCAGAGGUGGCGAAACAGCAAGGCGAUCACUCAGUUGCUGGUGAUCUUCUUGAGCGAGCUUUGUUCACAUUUGGCCGUUCUGUUCAUUCAACUUUCACCCACAAUAUAUCAGGGGGCAAAGCUCGACUAGAUUUCCGGAAACCUGAAAAUCGUGAAUUCUGGCUUGCAGCAUGGCGCUAUGUGAGAGACCUGGGCCAACGAGGCACAUGGCGAACAGCCUACGAAUGGGCAAAGCUUAUACUAAGUCUUGACCCAGAAGGUGACCCCUAUUGCAUCGCAAAGGUCAUCGAUCAGCUUGCCCUUCGAGGUGGUCAGUCAGAGCAUUUCGUCAGUCUCAGCCAGCAUUCAUUCUUCAACAAGGACUUAUGGUUAGAUUUGCCAAACAUUUGUAUUUCAACGGCCCUAGCGCAAUAUCGACUCAAACAAACACAAGCCUGCCGAGCUACUUUAACGCAGGCUGUUUCCCAUUACCCCUGGAUAUUUGUUCGCUUGCUCAAGGAACUCAACAUCGACCAUAUACCGAAGUCGAUUUGGGGAAAGACACCCCGCACAGAUCGGGAGAAAUUUGAUGCCGAAUACUAUGUACUGGGUGCCAAAGAUCUCUGGUCUACCCCUGAAGCGAUCUCAUUCCUCGUUGAAGUUGUUGAAACCGCCCCUCCCAGCGCGCUGACCCCUGAAAACGACAAAGCUAUUUCUAUAGACGAAGCACGAGUCACCAUACUCUCAGGCGCCAACAAUCUGAUCAAUCUGAUACCUCGUGAGUUUACAACUGCACCGUCGACAUCUUCUGACCCGCUUCCACCAAUUGAUAACAGCCCCUCUUAUGAACCCGCGGGUUCACAGCGAAAUGUUUCGCAAGGCGAUGCAGAGUUAGAGGCCGCUUACGCCGACCUAGAUCAAGUUGAUCCAAGAUUUGCACCUGAGGAGUCAGAUGACAUCGAUGCUGCUCACGCCCCUGCUUCCGGCGGGUUGGACAUAUUUGGCCGCGUGGCUCAAUUUUUUGGCGGCAUAAUGCGUGGUACUUCUGCACAAGACAUUCCUCCGGAAGCAGCGCUAGCACAGAUGCUCAGAGAAGAAGGUGCCGAAGAAUUAUUAGAGCAGACCGGCCUACGAGACUACAUGAUCCAGCAUCAAGGUGAAACAAACGAACACCUUGACCCUGUAGCACACAUACCAGACCCUCCAUCGGAAGAAGCUCUCGACGAAAGUAAUGAGCAGACUGACCGUGUGGAGCCGAGUGAGCAAACAGAACAAGAUGAACAGACGAAAUUACAGCACUUCCUCGCCGGCUCAGGUAUCAACGGAUUGAAGGCAUACGCCGAGAACCACGCUGGUCAUACUGUAGCUUGGGGUCAGCCUGAAGGCGACAGAUUACUGGACGAGUACGCUCAGAAACUUGUCAGGCUACGAAAUCAAAGGACUCGACAAUUUCUCCUCCGCUAUGCAUUACCUCAAGGGGCUGGCGAGGAGGUUAAGCGCAUGGUCGAGUCCAAAAUGCGAUGA